AUGGAUCACUUUUCUACCAAGUACACGGAGCAUAAAACUGUGACCAACAAGCUGGUGAACUGGGAGGACUCAAAAGCCACAAGAAUUGUACGGAUUUCAGUUACUGAUGGCAAUGCCACGGACUCAUCUGGUGAUGAAAAUGAGGAACCCAAGAGCCACCAUCCAAGAGUUAAAAAGCAUAUUAACGAGAUAAGAAUUACAAAUUGCGCCAAGUAUGGGAGCGACAGAGCAGCAGAGGAUGCGAAGAAAUCAUCAAAAGUGGUAAAUAGGCAACAAGUUGUGAAAAAAUAUUCAAAGGAUCAGUGUUAUUAUCCAGAUGGGAAAAAGUAUCGUGGUGUGAGACAAAGGCCAUGGGGUAGAUGGGCAGCAGAGAUCAGAGACCCUUACAGGAGAACCAGGCUUUGGUUAGGGACUUAUGAUACAGCAGAGGAGGCGGCCAUGGUUUAUGAUCAGGCUGCUAUUCGUAUUAAAGGACCAGAUGCACUAACCAAUUUCACAAAACCUCCGGUGAGCAAACAACAUACCCCAGAUGUUGAUAUUAAUGUUAACAUUUCUGGGUAUGAUUCUGGUAAAGAAUCUCAUAACAGUCUAUGUUCUCCCACUUCUGUGCUUAGAUUUCAAUCUACUGAGGAACCGGGUCCAGAGUCACAGGCUGCUGUUGAUGCUGCUGUACAGACUGAUAGUUGCUGGAGGAGACAACCACCAGAAAUGGUUCAAGAAGAAAUACUGAAGGUUGGUGAUGAUGAUGAUGAGUGUUUGGUCAUGGAUUGUUUGAAAGAGUUUUGGGAUUUUGAAAAUCCUGCACCGAUUUUUUUGAGGAGUGUAGUGUACCGGAUACUGUUUUGA